GAAUUUCGAUAGCCGCUGAGUUAACAAGCUACACGCGUGUUGACAACAGUCUUGAUCCACUAAUCACUGAGACAUCAUGAGCACCUGCAUCACUUUUACUUUCACUUUCACUUUCCAAACUCAAAUGGAUGAGCAGCACCCACCUCUCCUGUCGAUUUAAGAGGCAUUCGUCUGCGGGCAAUUGGCAGACUACACAGCCUCUUCAUCCCCUCCAGCUACUGGCACCUAUCUGUACUGCACGGAAAUUGUCCUAGAUCGCAUCCGCCCAUUCUUUAGACAAACAUGCCAACCAGCGUUUCGAUUCUGAUCUACAUUGGGGACCCGCUCGACUUCACCAAGUACCGCCACACAGGGCUUUUUUUUCGAGCAUAUAACCGGAGCAGCUGGGAUUUUCGAGUUCCAAACCUACGAGAAUUACAACCCCGAACAAAGUCGACGGCUGGCAUCUACUGUUCGAGUGGCGGACCAACCGGAGUCAAUCAGCGAAGCCUCUAUCAGAAGCGUGAUUUCCAGGACCCCAGUCAAGAAUGGACCCACAGAUGCGGACUGGAAUUGCCAGGAUUGGGUGGGGGAUGUUGUGAUUGUUUGCUCGAUUAGCAGGCCCGGGAUAUGGGUGAUCCAUGAAGGGAAACAUCGACCCUGUCUCUGGUUGUCCGGCUCGCGUUCCGUCGGAGGGAAUGGGUCGGAUUCUGCGUGCUUUCAUUGUUGAAUUGA